AUGGCGUCGCCCUUUCUGCCCGGCUCUUCUUCCUCUUCCGCUUCGUCGCCCCUCUCUUACCUGAUCCCUAGGCAGCCGCCGCCUUCCUCCGUCGUGGCGCAGGGCUUCUCAUGCGGCGCUCUGGCGCAGCAGGCCGGGGGAUUAUACUGUGGCGACGGCGUCGGCGCGGCGGGCGGCGUCGGGGCGGUGGAGGUGAGGCAGGGGGGCAGGCACGCGGGCCACCCGCCGCUGCCGCGCCCGCCGCCGCGGCAGUGCCCCCGGUGCAGGUCGGCCAACACCAAGUUCUGCUACUACAACAACUACAGCCGCAAGCAGCCGCGCUACUUCUGCCGGGCGUGCCGCCGGCACUGGACCGAGGGCGGCACGCUCCGCGACGUGCCCGUCGGUGGCGGCCGCAAGAACAGGCGCAACGGCGGUGGCAAGGGCGGCGCUAAGGCCCCCUCCACCGUCGUCACCACGGAGGUGUCUACUGCGGCGGCGACGGCGGCUACCCAGGGCAGCGGUGCAGGCGGACCGGCCGGCGCCGUCGACGCGUUCAUCCCGGCCGACAUCCUGAGGCAGAUGCUGUCCCAGUCGGGGAGCUUCACGGCCGUCGGCGGGGGCGGCGGCUACGGCAUCGACCUGAGCGCGUGGCAGCAAAUGACCGGUGCCGCAGCAGCACCGCAGGGCGCCAGCGAUGUUGGCGCGGCCGGAGGGACGGCUCCGGCGGCAGAUGCCAACUGCGGCACAGGUGCGCAGUACUGGAGCGGAUGGCAGCUGCAGGAUGACAUGCCCGGUUUCGACGGGACUUUCUAA